CCGCCCCCCCGCGCCGCCCCCGCAGCAUGAUCCGCGGCGCCUGGAUGUACCCCCGCGGGGGCGCCGCCGGCGGGGCGGUGUGCUGCGCGCCGCGCCGCAGCGACAAGCCGGUGGCCGACCCCGAGCGGGCGCAGAAAUGGCGCCUCUCGCUGGCUUCGCUCCUCUUCUUCACCGUCCUCCUCUCCGACCAUCUGUGGCUCUGCGCCGGGGCCAAGCUGCGGGCGCGGGAGCGGAGCGGUGCCGGGCGGCCGCGGAGCCGCGGGCCGCGGGCCCUGCUGGCGGCCGAGCCGGCGGGCGGCAGCUGCGAGGCCCUGCUCGGGAACCUCAGCCGGGCCCCCGGCCCCGCCGGCCCCUGCCCCGCCGCCCGCGGCGACCUGGACUCGGCCUGCGCCCGGCUGCACGCCCUGCAGCGGCCGCGGGGCUCCCCGGCCGGCGCGCCCCUCCGCUCGCCCUCCGCCGCCGCCCCCUUCUUCGCCUCUCCCUCCUCCAAGAGGACCUUCCUGCAGGCUUACUUUAGGAACUUCAACCUCUCCUUUUGUGAUACUUACACGAUCUGGGACCUGCUGCGGGAGAUGGCCGGCCCGGACGGCCUGGACUGCAGCGUGGACAACCUGAUGGUGGACUUGGUGGCGGCGGCGGCCGGGGCGCUGGGCGGGGAGGCCUGUAGCAGCUGCGUCCAGGCGUACCAGCGGCUGGACCAACACGCUCAGGAAAAAUAUGAGGAGUUCGACCUCUUGCUGGAGAAGUACUUGCAAUCGGAAGAGUACUCGGUCAGAUCCUGCCUGACGGACUGCAAGGCUGUCUACAAGGCCUGGCUGUGCUCCGAGUAUUUCAACGUGACCCAACAACAGUGCCGACACCGGAUCCCAUGCAAGCAAUACUGCCUGGAGGUGCAGACCAGGUGCCCGUUUGUGUUACCGGACAAUGACGAGCUGAUCUAUGGAGGUUUGCCUGGCUUCAUCUGUACGGGGCUGCUGGAGAACCAGCUGCCUGACGAGGAGGCCAAGUGCUGCGAGGUGCAAUGGGACUCCUGCGACCACCCCCCAGACAGCAACGACGACACAUCCCCCAAAUCCACAGCGUCAGAGUCAUUCCACUUCCACCGCCACGACCCCCACCUCCAUCACCAGCGGCAGAACCACUACCACCUCUACCACCACCACCACCACCACCAGUACCACCAGCCCCACUCCCCAUCCUUGCUGCCGGUCUCCGCAGGGUCUCGCCUCGGCAGCAGCAGGAUCAGACUCUGCGUGCUGGUCCUGAUGCUUCUCCACACCAUGGUGUCCUUCUCAAGCGUGCACGGCGGCGGCGGGGCGGCUGGCGGAGGGCUCAGCCUGGAGGCCCUGCCCGCCCGGGAGGAGAGCAUGGCACGGGACGAGUGACGCAGAGGGGAAAGCCGACCUCCAAGAAGAACGCCAGAUCUUUUUCCACUAAGGGGGGCACAUGCUAUUCCUCCAAUGGGAGGCACGGGAUUGGGGGUGACGCACACACACACACCCCCGCACAUACCCCCAAGAGCUGCUCGCCGCGGGGCAUCCCCGUGAUGAAGAGUCUCUAAUGCGCACAGGGCUGCGGGACUCGGCUUUGAGAAGGGUUCGGUCAGUAGCAGCCGGGCAGCGCGGCGUGCCCGGCCUCGCCGAGGCGCCGGCGCAGGAAGGUACGGCACGGGGGCGGGGGGGAGCGGAGGGGAGGGGGUCCCUUCGGAAGAGGUGUCCCCCCGGGACUGCCGCGCGUCUCCCGGCCGCCUGCCGUGAGUGCCUUGGGCGCCCGCAGCUUACCCGCCAGCGACACGCCAAGGGUUUGGCAGUCAGCCUAGCCCCCGUUUCUUUUCCUCCUCGGUCUGUAAAUCCCGAAGGACCAGGUGGGCAGGGAGGCAGCACCUCUUGGCACAGCCUUACCCCCCCCCCUCCUGUCCCGGGGGAAAAACCCACCAACUCAAGGCAGAGCCGUCCUCGUGGGCUGCAGCAUCCUCAGCGUGGCAUUCCGCUUGCUGAUGGGGUCUGGGGGACAGGAGGGGGACGGUGUUACGCUACACUGUGGUACUACUCGGGGUUUGUCUCAUUGCGUCCCCAACCUUGCUCCUCUGUGCCAGGAGGUGGAGAGAGAGGGAGGAGGCAGGGAGCAGGAGGGACGCCCCCAGCAUUCCCGCAUCCGGCUUUGCCAAGCGUCCCGACGAUUCGGUUUAACCUUUUUUGCUUUCUUUCCUGACUGGAGUGGCUGGUCGCCAAGAGGAGUUAGGGAGAUGCGACUCCGGGCUAAGCGAGGGAGCGGGAUCGCGCGUGGUGACGAUUGGAUGCAGGGCGUCAGAAGGCAUCCCCCCUCCCUGCUCCACGCUUCCCAGCUACAAAUCAUCAACUGGAUGGCAGAGGGACUGGGCAAAAGGGCUGGAGAAAUCUGGCUCGUAGGGAGAGUCUCCCGCACAAAGAAGAGGCGCUUAUAAAACCCAGCUGGGGAAGAGAGGUUUUGUAAAUACUGUCUAUCCAUGGGUGCCCCCAGAUCAGAAAAUUUCUAGGAGCCCAGCUGGGACAGCUGGACUCGGCCGGGCAAGGUGCUGGCUGGUGCAGCCUCAUUUGCCUCACUUGUUUGGGGGUUUUGGGGGUUUUUUUGUGGUUUGGGGGUUUUUUUUGUUUCUUGUUUUUGUUUUUUUUUUUAACCUGAGCUCAGUGUAUCCAGGGAUUCAGCCCCAAACAGAUCCCGCUUUCCUAGGAAGCUCCCAAAUUCUGCCCCCACCCACCAGGAACCGUUCCCAGCGUGAAUGCGGCGAGGUGGUGCCGGGGGGCACAGCGCUGCACCCGCGGGCCAGGCGCCAGAGGCGAGAAAGUUCAUUCCGGGUGCGAGCGAGGGGAAGGAGGACGGGGUGUUUUAGUAUGAGUCAGCUGCAAAACGUCCUGGUCGCGGGUACGGAUGGGAACCUGCUCGUUGCCUGCAGAGGACGCGUGACGGUCCCUCUGUUUUUUAGACGUGCCUCUUGGCGGGGAGCCUACAGCAGAGCCCAGGGGGGAUCGCUGCAGCCCGGCAGGGAUGGAGCAGGAGGGACGUCCUGCUGCAUCUCAGACCGAUCCCUGCGAGGGUCCAAGGAGUCACAGAGCUGAGGUCCGUAAGAGUUUGGUGGUUUCUGGUCUGUUGAGGUGAAGCAAACCCAAGCAGAGCCCCAUGAGCAAAGCUACUUCCUACCUGGCUGGAAGAAGGAAGUACCGGGCAUCUCAUGGGAAGGACAGGUUUCCUGACGUUUCCAGCCCAUUUCCAGACCAAAGAGGCUCUGAGAAGCAGCUGAAUGUUUGAUUUCUGCUUUGACUUGAAUCUCAGAGCUUUGGGGUGAUGUUUACACGUUACCAGUUACCUGUUACCAAAGUCCCGCAGAUACGAAGCCUGUGAACCCGCUGUCCCUCGGUUAUCCGGCUAGGAGAGGUGGUGUUCGUGGAAGAUGCAGAGAGCGUUUCCCGAGCAGAUUUCCUUGCUGUUGCUACCCAGAAAAGGUAGGGCAAUUCUCGUUUGACUAUUCCUCACAGCAUCCGUACAUUUUCAGUCUAGUUUACACCAGUCUGAGAACAACUUGGACGUGCCACGGUUCGGCAAACAGGGAUCCGACUCCUCUGUUUGCUCUGCUGCGAAGAGAGGAGUUGCGUGGCUGCUUUGAUGACUAGCAAAAGCAUACGGCCAGACCUAGGGAGGGAGCACGGUCCUGCGCCUGCCUCGAGACAGCCGGAUCCAGUUCGCUCUUAAGGAAAUUAGAUUUUUCAUGUACUGCCAAGAGUUAAGCUAAUUCCAGGCGCCUCUCUCGGAGAUAGGCUGCAUCCAGUCUUUGAGCGACUCAUCUAGAGGGAGAAGAAUAGCCCAGUGUGGUGCGUCAGCAAGUGGCCCUGAGUCACUGGCCCUAUUCAUUGUCUGCUGGUGAGGCGCUGAGCAGCGCCCGAGCCUGCGCGCUCGCACACGGCGUGGGGGGGUACGGGCUCGCUCGUGUGCGCUGGUGUGAGUCCGGUGCAAAGACCGUUCUGGAGGGGUGCGUGCCCUUCCGCCCGCCCCGAGGCUCCGCUGCACCGCCGGCGAGCAGAGCGACGGACCGGUGCGUCGGUGUCAGUCCGGGCUCGGGUGGUUUCUGGUGGCACCGAGCGCGGAGGUUUCGUGAUGGGUGAUUUCCGCAGAGCUGCGGGAGCGAGGUCAAAUGGCCCGAGUUGUCUUCAGGGACUAGGGGAGGCUGGCAGGGGUUUUCUGGAAUAACCUGGGAGCUGUGAGAAAUGCCUUCACCUUCCAGAACAUCAGCCGAUGAGCUUCAUCUCGGGGGGGAGGGAGCCUGCGCUACAUCCCAGCGAGCCUGAAAGCUGAGCCGUUGCAAAAACGGGGUCUUUAGUGUGAUUACUGGGGAGGGGUCGUUGCGUCAGCCGGGGAGCGAGGAGGCUCUGCAGGGCAGUUCUGCUGUAGCCGGAGGAGAUCCGCACGUUUUCCAAGCUGUGGCUUCCCGGGAGGUGUUCACGUGAGGAUAACGUGCCGGGAGGAUGCCGGGUCCGCGGGCAGGGGGAGCGCGCGGGGUGCGGAGCCGCGCUGGCAGGCGCAGGGCUGGGAUUUUACCUAGUGUGACUGGAAGGAAAGUGCUGAGUCUUCACAGACCAAGGCUUUUGGAAGGAGUUCUUUUAUUUAGCGAGUCUGGGCUGCUGUCAAUAAGUUCUGUGGUUUUAGGGCACCAUAUGCUGUAUUCAACACUUUGCCAAUCUCGUUAAAUGAAUCCAGACUAGCUGUUCACAGAACAGGACGGAGCAGCUGGAAGCGGUGUAUGUCGCAGUCCAUCAUUAUAAGGCCGUUGGAUAAAAAUCUUCUCUUUGGUCUGACAUUACAACCUUAAUAAUCCUCCAUCCAUAUUAGCUUUCUCUUUGCUGUACAAGAGAGAAGUCCAGAAAGGAGACGUUAACAUUGUCUCAGCUAAUGCCACUGACAUUAUUUUUAUUAAAACAUGGAGUGAACGUGCCCAGGAUAAGGAGACGGAGGGUUUCCUUGCCCCGUGCGUGCAGGUACGCUGCAGCCCGAGCCCCUCCUGCGCCCAACGCAGCCCUGGGACCAGGAGCCCUUUGCAGAGCCACGCUCCUGCAGCCACCCGGGACCUUGGAAAACACCGGGAUUUAUCCUACCGGGAAUUUAAACCCAAGGCGCUUCCUCCUUUUCGUUCAGUGCUCUUAUUUCUUCUCCCCAAAAGAAGGCGCCGUGCAUUGGGAUUCAUAUGUAUAACCCAACCUUUCCUUCAGGGGAUAAACUUCUCUCUGCUCGGAGGAAAAUGCCCAUCGGAAAGCAGCGAUUCCUCCCCGCCCUCCCCGGCAAGAGGCGUUCUCUGCCCCGAGGUGCUGGGGGGCCGCGGGGUGAUGCUGUCCCCGCCGGGUCCGGGUGCAGGAGCAGGCAGGGGAGCGGGCAGAGCAGAUGGGGCUGCAGGAGGAAAGGUAGCUGGGUCCUGCCCGGCUGGAGCGUUAGUCCUGGGUUUUGCACUUUAAUGUAACUGCCAGUUGUAGAAAUUAAUUAAAAAUAACUGAAGAAAAAUCCCAAAGAAAGGCCCUGCUUCCUCUGGUGAAGAUUAAUCAUUAGUUGAGCCUUUUUCUUAUGAAAAUACAGAUCCAUGGUAGCCCCAGGCAAAAGAUUCCCAGGGAGAGCCCUCACCAUUCGUGCUCUGAGUUAGGGAAAUCGCUUUGAAAGCAUCUGACAACUAAAGCAGAACAUGUUGAGUAACUUGGCAACACUCAGAAAACAUCUUGAAAUGGUUUUUGUUCAACACAUUUUGCUUUGCUUCAAUAGGAGAUGUCAGGGCAGUUCAUUCACUGCCACUCAGGACUGCAGGCGAUGCUGGGAGACGGUUCCUCUGCCCGCGUUUAAAAAAAGAAAAAAAAGAAAAUCCCUGAUAUCGGCUGCUGCCGGGGCAGGGUCCCUCUCGGCGAUGCGGCGGAGCUUCCCAUUGCCGAGCUCCGUACGUCUCUUCUGGCCGGCGAGGUCUCCCCGCGCCGCGUUUGCGGGGGAGGCGGGUGAUUUGCAGGACGGAGCGGGGCCGUUUGCGCGGCCGGUGGGCCAGGGUCCCCCCGUGCUGCAGGGAGGGGCCCUGCCUUGGGCUCAGCCUCGGGAUUGAAGGCUCUGCCCUCGAAAAGUCAUGCAGCGGCUUGUGAUAAAUUAUGAUACCUCGCUACCACCCCGGAAAGGAAUGCCUAUAGGAACGGAGAGAGACAAAAUCAGGACAGAAACGUACUCGGAUUCUGUGAAAAUCCCCAGGAAC